ACAUCCACAGCCUUGAUCAUCACGACCUUGAUAUAUAUCUUCAAAUUCCAACAAUUAUUAGGCCUGCCAAAAAUGGCCACAAAGCUUUUUAUAUCUCUUUUGUUCAUAUGCUUUUGCUCAUUGCUUUCAUCCUCUGUUGCCUCUAAUCAUGAUCAUGAUCAGAUAGAUUAUUGGUGCAACAAAACCCCAAACCCUGAACCAUGCAAAUACUUCAUGAAGCAGAACCCAAAACACUUUGUACCUCAGCAAAAAUCUGACUUUCGUAAACUGGCAAUCGAAUUAUCCAUGCAACGUGCUCAUACUGCUCUAAGUCACAACAAAGGGUUAGGGUCAAAAUGCCGCAAUGAGAAAGAGAGGGCUGCAUGGGCUGACUGCUUAAGUCUCUAUGAGGACACCAUUGUUGAACUCAACCACACCCUCGACUCCCACACAAAAUGCACCGAUUUUGAUGCUCAAACUUGGCUUAGCACUGCUUUAACCAAUCUUGAAACUUGCAAAGCAGGGUUCAAGGAUUUUGGGGUUUCAGAUUUCAUGCUGCCUCUCAUGUCUAACAAUGUUUCAAAGCUAAUUCGCAACUCCUUGGCUUUAAAAGACAAUGCCUCGUCAAAUCCUCCUCAAACUUAUAAUGAUGGUUUUCCAAGUUGGGUUAAACCAGGUGAUAGAAAGCUCUUGCUGGCAUCUUCAUCAACUUCAAAUCUUGUGGUGGCUCAAGAUGGUUCAGGGAAUCACCGCACCAUAAAGGCAGCACUCGACGCGGCAGCCAAGAGAAGUGGGAGUGGGAGGUUUGUUAUUCGUAUUAAGAGUGGGGUUUAUAGAGAAAAUCUUGAUAUUGGCAAGAACUUAAAGAAUAUUAUGCUUGUUGGUGAUGGUUUGAAAAAUACCAUCAUCACCGGUAGUCGAAGUGUUGGAGGAGGUUCUACUACUUUCAAUUCUGCAACUGUUGCCGUGACUGGGGGUGGAUUCAUUGCUCGUGGUAUCACAUUCCGCAACACAGCUGGUCCACAAAACCACCAGGCUGUGGCCCUCCGAUCAGGCGCUGAUCUCUCAGUCUUCUACCGCUGCGGCUUCGAAGGUUACCAAGACACCUUGUAUGUCCACUCUCAAAGGCAAUUCUACAAGGAAUGCGACAUCUAUGGCACUGUAGAUUUCAUCUUUGGAAAUGCAGCUGUGGUCUUACAAAACUGCAUGAUAUAUGCAAGAAGGCCAAUGGAUAAGCAAAAGAACGUAGUAACAGCUCAAGGCAGGACUGACGCUAAUCAAAAUACAGGGAUUUCAAUCCAUAAUUCAAGAGUCAUGGCUUCAUCGGACCUUAGACCAGUGCUUAGCUCAUUCAAAACUUUCUUAGGAAGGCCAUGGAAGGAGUACUCCCGUACAGUUUUUCUUCAAACUUAUCUUGAUUCUUUGGUGGAUGCAGCAGGUUGGCUGGAGUGGGAUGGUAAUUUUGCUCUAAACACUUUGUAUUAUGGAGAGUACAGAAAUUCUGGUCCUGGAGCUUCCACUAGUGGAAGAGUUAAAUGGCGUGGUUACAGGGUUAUAACAAGUGCAACCGAAGCAUCAAGAUUCACAGUUGCAAACUUCAUAGCUGGAAGGUCAUGGUUGCCAGCUACCGGUGUCCCAUUUUCCUCUGGACUUUAAUUCAUGAUGUUGAAAGUCCCCUUCAGUACCGUUGAUUGUUUCAAUCUGCUUAUUCUUUCCUUGUUUCAACAUUUCCAUAAUUUUUUUAUUCCCUUGUAAUAGUUCAAAACUUUUCUUCAAGAUAUUUGUCCAAUAAAAAUGAUCAUUCAUCCGUGAA